AUGUUAACUUAUCAAGAAUUCAUUCUUCAGAAUGAAGAGAGAGACGGUGUUCGUUUCACAUGGAAUGUUUGGCCAUCUAGUCGUUUAGACGCAACACGUCUUGUUGUUCCAUUAGGUUGUUUAUUUACACCUCUCAAAGAACGUAGUGAUUUGCCAUUAAUUCAAUAUGAUCCUGUGAUAUGUACAAAAAGUUCUUGUCGUGCGAUACUGAAUACAUUUUGUGCUGUUGAUUAUCGAGCAAAAACAUGGACAUGUAAUUUUUGUUCUCAACGUAAUAAUUUUCCUCCACAAUAUGCUGGAAUAUCCGAGCAAUUCCAACCAGCCGAAUUAGCACCACAAUUUACAACUAUUGAAUAUACGUUAGCGGAAUCAUUACAAAUGGCGUUAAAUCUGUUACCAAUAGAUGCGCUUGUCGGUCUCAUCACAUUCGGACGUAUGGUGCAUGUUCAUGAAUUAAAUUGUGAUGGAUUGACAAGAAGUUAUGUAUUUCGUGGUACAAAAGCCUUAACAGUCAAAGAAAUUCAGGAUAUGCUCGGAUUAAUGAAACAUCAACCAACACAAAGACCGGCAGUUGGAAAUACAAAUGCUCCUCAAGCAGUUACAUCUUUUAGCAAAUUCAUUCAACCAGUGUCAACAUGUGAUAUGUCAUUGACCGAUUUACUAGGUGAAUUGCAACGAGAUCCAUGGCCCGUACAACUAGGUCACCGUCCACUACGGUCUACGGGUACUGCUUUAUCGGUAGCUGUCGGGUUAUUAGAAACAUUGUAUCCAAAUACUGGUGCUCGUAUUAUGUUGUUUAUUGGUGGGCCAUGCACACAAGGACCCGGUAUGGUGAUUGAUGAAGAAUUAGAACAUACAAUACGUUCUCAUCAUGAUAUUGAAAAAGAUAAUGCCCCAUAUAUGAAGAAAGCAAUCAAAUUUUAUGAAAGUCUAGCAAAUCGAUCCGCUGUAAAUGGCCAUGUUAUUGAUUUAUAUUCAUCCGCUUUAGAUCAGACUGGACUGCAUGAAAUGAAGUAUUGUUCAAAUUAUACAGGAGGUCAUAUAGUCUUGAGCGAUUCAUUCAAUACAUCUUUGUUCAAACAAUCAUUGCAAAAAGUAUUCGCCAGAGAUGCAAGAAAUGAAUACAGAAUGAAUUUUGGAGCCACUGUAGAAGUGAAAACAAGUCGAGAAUUGAAAGUAUGUGGUGCUAUUGGUUCGUGCGUAUCGUUGACUCAACGAGCACCUAAUGUAGCAGAAAAUGAAUUAGGUAUGGGUGGAACAAAUGCAUGGAAAAUGUGUGCCAUUUAUCCGAAUUCAACAAUAUCAAUAUUUUUUGAAGUUCUUAACCAGCAGGGUCAAACACAGCCUGGAGAAACUGGUAAUCGUGGUUACGUUCAAUUUAUAACUCAAUACCAGCAUCUAUCAGGGUUUAAAAAAGUUCGUGUAACAACAUUGGCACGAAAUUGGAUUGAUGCAUCGUCGAGUAUGCCAUUAAUAGCUGCAUCAUUUGAUCAGGAAUGUGCAAGUGUAUCGAUAGCUAGAAUCGCUGUUUAUCGUGCCGAUACAGAAGAAGGAUCACAUGUUCUCAGAUGGUUGGAUAAAAUGUUAAUAAAACUUUGUCAAACAUUUGCCCUCUAUGAAAAAGACAAUCCUGGUUCAUUUCAACUAACAGAAACAUUUACAUUGUAUCCACAAUUUAUGUAUCAUCUUCGACGUUCACAAUUCCUACAAGCUGUUCUUUUGGAUAGUAGUAGUAUAUUGCCAGAUCGAAUUUUACUAAUGGACACAUUCUAUCACAUAUUGAUUUUUCAUGGUAAAACAAUUUCACAAUGGUCUAAAGCCGGUUAUCAAGAUUUACCAGAAUAUGAGAAUUUUAAACAAUUAUUACAAGCUCCAGUUGAAGAUGCCAUAGAAAUUUUACAAAAUAGAUUUCCAAUGCCACGUUAUAUUGUCACUGAAGCAGGUGGCUCUCAGGCUCGAUUUUUAUUAUGCAAAGUAAAUCCAUCUCAAACACACACUACUGAAUGGGGACAGGGUCUGGGUGCCCCAAUAUUGACAGACGAUCUGAAUUUACAAACAUUUAUGGAACAUUUAAAAAAACUUGCUGUUUCAACAGCGACUUGA